AGGUGAAUGAGGUGUCCUUGGAUAGCCUUUGAAGUCUAUUUUCAUAUUUGAGUGGUCUCUGCUCGAGGGGAGAGGUUUAUCUUACAAAAAUCGAGCUGGAGUGAGUGGUGGUCUGUAAACUCGAGCUGUGAGAGUGCUGAGGCUGUUUGGUUGAUAUCUCGAGAUAUACCAAUCCAAUUAAGGUGUGUGAUAUACCAAAAGAAAUCUCUCAAGACGAGGAAUCUGUGAAGGUCUGGUUUGCAUCAAUCGGAGUAGUGGAAAGCUUCCAAAUCGUCCGAGCAAAACACAACCUCGCAGAAACAGAUUUACUCUUCUAAAGAAACGUGUUCACCGGAAAACAACCAUUAUAGGGGCUGUUUUCGUACCAACGUUUAAGGGUUGAGCUAGCACUUGGAAGAGGCUGUUUAACACUCAUAUUUGAGCAAGGAAUCAGUUCCAAAUCCACCUUGACCAAGGUCUUGACCAUUGGACCAAGAAGGGAUAGUUUAAAGCUCAAUUGAGGUUGAGGCUAGAGCUUGCUUCCUGUGCUCGUUGCUCGAGAGAUCAUAUAGGAGGGAAGACUUGAAAUGGACCGUGGUGGCAGGAUUACUAGGAGAAACCCGACGGGCCGUGUACCAGUGGAGACUGGACAGGGCAGUCGAAGGACCUCUAGGGCAUCUAGAGGAGCUGGCCGUGGAGGCCGAUCACAGACCGUGAGUGACGGUCAUGUUGACACAGAAAGUGAAACCUACUGGUCCUAUGAGGACUCGACUUACCAACCGGAGACCGAGCCGGUUGAGACCCCUUACGAAGGGGAUGACGAUGAUGUAAGUGAUGAAGAAGGGGAGAAUGACUCCCUAGCCAGAAUUGAGGCGCUGCUCCAGCAAUAUCAGCGGGAGCGCGAGGAAAGGAGGGAACGCCGAAGGCGCCGAGGAGGGCGAACUUCGGGAGGGGCUUCAAGAGGAAGAAGCCAUGGCGACUCUAGGGCCCACAUUGAACCACACGGGGGCCGGGGUGAUGGAGGUCCGAUCAUAAGGAUCUCCAUAUACCUCAAAGAGGCACGAGACUUGGGGUGCAAACCCUUCAAUGGAGCAGGUGACAUCUCGGUCGCCGCGAAAUGGAUCAAGAGGUUGAACGAAGCAGCCCUUGAUAUGCAACUCACCCCCGAAUUCAAGCUAAGAGUGGCGGUAAGAUUGCUUGAAGGGAUGGCAUCCACAUGGUGGGAUGGAGCCAAGGGGAAGUAUGGCAAUGUUGUGACUUGGGAGAAUUUCCGACAAGAGUUCUUUGCCCAAUACUAUUCUGAUUUUGAGGUGAACAAUAAGAGGAGAGAGUAUACCCUCCUAACCCAAGGUGGCAAGAUGACGGUGAGGCAACUUGAACACAAAUUCAGGGAACUCGCGGAGUUCAUACCGGAGUAUGUCUGUGAUGAGAACCGGAUGGUAAAUCACUUCUGGGAUGCCUUAGACUUGGAGGUGCGUGAGAGGGCAACGCAGUUGCCUAACAUGACUUUUAGCCAGGUGGUCGAGCAGGGAUUGAAAGGGGAGAAGGAAUGGGAAGAAAGAAAGAUGAAGAACGCCGAAGAGGCGAAGAAGAGAAAAUGGGAGAGUCACGGCUCCCAAGGUUCCAACAAAAAGGGGAACCAUGGAGGGGGAUCUUUCCGUGCACCGCCGCCACCAUCUAGGGGGAACCAGGGCUCGAGCAGGCAUGACUCGGGGUCACAAGCCUCGGGGACGCCUCGUUGCUUGAAUUGCAAGAAGAGUCACCUCGGAAAAUGCCGUGAACCUCCUAGAUGCUUCCAAUGCGGGAACACCGGGCAUUUGAAGGCGCAUUGCCCACAAUUGGGUGGGCCAAGGUCAUCGGGACCAAGUAGCGGGGAUACGGGAACAAGAAACCAAGCCGGGGGUUCCCAAGUAACCAGGGGGCAAGGGGGAGCAAGCGCGAGCAACGCGCCGUCCGUGAACCAAGGAAGGACCCAGGCUAGGGUCUACGCGAUGACGGAGGCGGAUGCUCAAGCUAACCCGGAUUCCGUUGCAGGUAUUACCUUUUGUAUACUUGUGUUUUACCCUUGAUUAGUCCAUAAAUUGAGGUUGCUAGUCGUUGGGAUCAUUGCACGAAGUUUUGGGGUCAAACGGAGCGAAAUCGGGCGAAAGACGGUUGUUUUCCGCCAACGCACACCAGGCUGGACCAUACGCACGGCCAUGCGUUGUCCGUGCGUUGGUCCGUGCGUUGGUGGCAGUAGCCACCGGGAAUAAAUUGCUAUACGCACGGCCGUGCGUUGCCCGUGCGUUGGUGGCAGUAGCAUCCGGGAAGAAAUUGCUAUACGCACGGACGUGCGUUGUCCGUGCGUUGGUCCGUGCAUUGGUGGCAGUAGCUCCAUUUUGAGGUUAUAAGACACGCACGCCGUGCGUACCUCCUAGGCACGCCGUGCGUACAUCCUGGGCAGCCCAAAGUCGACUUUUUUGCGCCGUAUUGCAACGUUAAGACCUGUUCUUGAUCCCAAACACGUGUGUGAACAUAAUAAACCUCUCUAAAUGUAUAAGAAUGGUAAGAAAGGUAUCUCACAUGACUUAUAAAUGUAGGAACACUAAAGAUUAAUGGGAAGCAUGCACGAAUCCUUAUCGAUACCGGAGCGCAACGUUCAUUCGUAAGUGAGGCGUUCGCCGAGGGCUUAGAGAUACAAUCAAUACCAAUGACGCAAACUUUAGUGGUAUCAACACCACUAGGGGAAGACGUUGAAAGAACCAAUUACUAUCCAUCUUGUAUGGUGGAAAUCGGUGGCCAAACCUUGACGUGUGAUUUCGUACCGCUGAGUAUGAUGGAGUUUGAUGCAAUCCUAGGGAUGGAUUGGCUAGAAAAGCAUCAUGCUAGGGUAGAUUGCUACACAAAGGUUUUGGAACUCGAAGGCAAUGAUGGGGACACCCUACGCUUCGAGGGGGACCGAGGCAAAUCAAAUAGAUGUAUCAUAUCCGCCGUGAGAGCAAGGAGUAUGAUGAGAAAGGGAUGCCACGCAUACCUAGCAUACGUGGUUGACAAAACCAAGGAAGAAGUGAACAUCGACGACGUGAGGGUGGUUCGUAAGUACCCGGAUGUCUUCCCAAAAGACCUGCCAGGGCUUCCACCUGAUAGGGAGAUUGAAUUUGUGAUCGAGGUCGAGCCUGGUACCAAACCAAUCUCCAUACCGCCAUACCGUAUGGCACCCGCUGAACUUACCGAGUUGAAAACCCAAUUGCAAGAGCUUUUGGAUAAUGGUUUCAUCAGACCCAGCCACUCCCCGUGGGGAGCGCCUGUUCUUUUUGUGAAAAAGAAAGAUGGGACGCUUCGAAUGUGUAUUGAUUAUCGUCAACUGAACAAGGUCACAAUCAAGAAUAGGUAUCCUUUGCCUAGGAUUGAUGACUUGUUUGACCAACUACGAGGGGCAACGGUGUUUUCAAAGAUCGACUUGAGGUCGGGUUACCAUCAAUUGAAGAUUAAGGAAGAUGACAUACCAAAAAGUGCUUUUCGCACAAGGUAUGGACAUUUUGAAUUCCUUGUUAUGUCGUUUGGGUUAACAAAUGCCCCAGCGGCAUUCAUGGACUUGAUGAACCGAGUAUUCCAUAAAUACUUGGAUCGAUUCGUGAUUGUGUUCAUAGAUGACAUCUUGAUUUACUCAAAGAGUGAAGAAGAGCACGAGGAGCACUUGAUACUUGUUCUAGAGACACUACGGGAGAAGCAACUUUAUGCCAAAUUUUCUAAAUGUGAAUUUUGGCUAAAGGAAAUUGGCUUUCUCGGGCACGUGGUUUCGGGAUCGGGAAUUGUUGUUGAUAACAAGAAGAUAGAGGCCAUUACCGAAUGGGAGAGACCAAAGAAUGUCAAGGAAAUUCGUAGUUUCCUUGGAUUGGCAGGCUACUACAGAAAGUUCGUGGAAAAGUUCUCUGUUUUGGCGUCGCCGUUGACGAAGCUCACUCGAAAGGGAGCUAAGUUUAUAUGGGAUGACAAAUGUGAGAAAGGAUUCAUCGAACUGAAGAAGAGAUUGACCGAGGCACCGGUACUUGCAUUACCCAAACAGGGUAUGGGGUACGAUGUCUAUAGUGACGCGAGCAUCCAAGGUUUUGGGUGUGUGUUGAUGCAGGAGGGGAGAGUAAUUGCCUAUGCCUCACGACAGUUGAAGAAGCAUGAGGUAAAUUACCCUACCCAUGAUCUGGAGCUGGGAGCAGUAGUGUUUGCACUGAAGAUUUGGAGACAUUAUCUCUACGGAGAGACAUGUCACAUAUAUACUGAUCAUAAGAGCUUGAAGUACGUGUUUACUCAGAAAGAGUUAAACAUGAGACAGAGACGGUGGAUGGAGUUGAUAAAGGACUACCAUCUAGUUAUUGAGUACCAUCCAGGUAAGGCAAACGUUGUAGCAGAUGCCCUCAGUCGGAAGAGUUUGUCUGGGGCAUUGUUGACUAGUUUGAGGGCACUGAGGGCCCAAUUGGAUGUAUCUAACGACGGUGCCUUAUUGGCACGAUUCGAAGUGAGACCGACCUUACUUGAUGAGAUCAAGAAGGGUCAAGAGACUGACGCAGAACUUAUGAAGGUCCGGGAACGCAUGCAAGCGGGACCGGUGGAGGAUUUCAGGGAAAGAGAUGAUGGUCUCUUGUUAUUUCGUGACCGAGUGUGUGUGCCGUCAGAUGAGGAGAUCCGAAAGUCCAUCUUAGAGGAGGCUCAUUCAUCGGCGUAUGCCAUGCACCCGGGGGGCACAAAAAUGUACCGUGAUUUGAAAGAAAGUUACUGGUGGUCUGGAAUGAAGAGGGAAAUAGCCGAGUACAUCAGUCGAUGCCUUACAUGUCAA